ACAUUUUAUAAAUGAAACCCAAAUCAGUGAGUUGUGAUAAGGGAAGUCUAAAUCCAGCACUAUGAAAUUGCCACCCAGCGAGAUGGAUAAGCAGCCAAUUGACUUGCGGACCCAAAUACUACAAUAUCAGUAACAAUUCAAGCGUGCUACGACAAACAUGUCGCCACCAGAAACAGAUACAACAACAAUAAGAACGAAUACAGAAGCUACUGCCUAUAUUGCAGCAUUGGAUGUUGGAACCACUAGCGUGAGAUGUUUUAUAUUGGACGAGAAAUGUGCGGUCAAAGGGUCAUCAACAGAUGCUGUAGAGCUAUUAAAUCCCCAACCGGGUUUCUUUGAAAUCGAACCUGAAUGCCUGUGGCGUAAGGUUGUCAAAGUUAUAAAGGAAGCCAUAAGAGAUGCCAAGCUGUUGCCCUCAGAAAUUACCUGCCUAACCAUAUCCACACAACGUUGCACAUUUCUAACUUGGAAUCAUAAAACGAAUGAAUACUAUCAUAACUUUAUCACCUGGAAGGAUUUGCGAGCCGAUGAUCUGGUCGAGCAAUGGAAUUCCGGUUGCAUGAAGCGUACAAUGAAUGGUUUCUUCUAUGGCCUUUAUUUGGCUACCAGAAAUUCACGUUUUCUGGCCGGAAGUAUGCUCAAAUUGAUGAAUGGUCAGGUUACACCAAGAUUGCUCUACGAGAUUGCCCACAAUAGGCGCCUUCAGCAAGCUAUUAGAGAGAAUACAGUCCGCCUGGAGUUGCUGGACUCAUGGCUUCUAUACAAAUUGCGUUCCGGUGGUCAUGCGGCCCAGCAGACGGAGAAUAUAGAACAUAUCACCGAUAUAACCUCAAGCACAGCCACUGGACUCUUUGAUCCAUUCACGCUCAGUUGGUCGAAUAUGAUUAGUUGGAUGUUUGGCAUUGAUCUUAACAUCCUCCCUCGUGUUGUCGACAAUGGGUAUAAUGGCUUUGGUCAUGUGAAUCCCAUUGCCUUUGGCCAGGAUUGGGCCCAUACUCGCAUACCAAUUGCUUCAUCCUGCAGCGAUCAAACAGCCGCCAUAUGGGGCUCCCAUUGCUUUCGCUCCAAUGACGUUAAAGUCACCAUGGGAACGGGUGCAUUUCUCAAUUUAGUCACUGGAUCCCAGUGCCAUGCAUCAAUUAGUGGCAUGUAUCCGCUGGUGGCCUGGCAAUUAAACGAUAAGCAUAAAUUCAACCAACAGAAUGCCAUCUAUUGCAUUGAGGGGGCAUCCCAUGAUUUUGGCACUGUCAUCACUUGGGCUCAGUCAUGUGAGCUGUUCAGCCACCCCAAAGAGACAUCAGCCAUUGCAAAAUCCGUUGCAGAUACAAAUGAUGUAUACUUUAUACCUGCAUUUAGUGGUUUAGGGCCACCUGUGAAUGAUUAUCGUGCUGCUAGCGGAUUCAUUGGCAUGACACCGUCCACUACCAAAGCCCAUUUGGUACGAGCUUUGCUAGAAAGCAUUGUUUUUCGUGUGGUGCAACUAAUCGACGCGGCCGAAAAGGAGACCAACCAGAAACUGCAUCUAAUCAAAGUCGAUGGUGGCGUUUCUCGGAAUGAUUUCGUUUGCCAAUUUCUGGCUGAUCUCAGUCAAUUGAAGGUUGAACGGGCCCAAAAUGCCGAAUCUAGCAUUAUGGGUGCCACAUUUAUGGCUGGCAUUAAUCAUGGCAUUUGGCAUGAUUUCGAUGAUCUCAAAAGAUUUCGUCAAGUGGAAUGUGUGUUCCAGCCGCAAUCGAAACACUAUGACACACUUUUCGCACGAAUGGCCAAGUGGAGUGAGGCCAUUGGACGAUUUAGUGAUUGGUAUUAGCUCUUAUUGUUAUUACAUAGAGAAAACGACGGGGUUGUCCUGUUUGUUUUCUUUUUUUAAUAUUUUAUUCUUACACUUACACACAAAAAAUGUUAUUAAAUUAGUUAACUUAGAAAAGAAGAUGAUGAACAAAAAAAAAAAAACCUGGAUAAAAUCAGUCUCUCUGUGUGGCUUAGUUGAAACGUUGCUGGAAAUUUUGUUGCUGAUUGAACA